GAAGAAAGAAUUAGUUGCGUCUUGCGCUAUAAGCUGAAACAACAGCUUGUUCAAUCCUCAAGCUAAAUAACUCUUUCAACUUCCGCAAUGAAACUAGCGGAGAAGAUUGUUCUCCUCUGGAAUGAUCCCGAUGGAUUUGCGGCCACCGUUGCCGAUGCUCUAAACCCUAACCCUGCUUCCCCUCUUCGUAAACUAGAAGAGCAGAUCGAGCUUCCAUUGGAUAAGUAUGGCGUCGAAGGCGGAACCGGCGGGAGUAUCGUUCACUUCGUCGAUGGAAAUGGGGUUUAUCAGGUCUCGAUUUUUCUGCUUCGAAACUAUGAGCCUCCCGUACUAGUGUGUGCCAUGAAUGAGCUGCUGGACCUAAUUACAAGGGAAGCGCCGACUCCGCCCACAAUUGUGGCUCCUUUUCUUGUGGCAGCAUCUAAGCUUAAGUUCAAUAACAGAUCCCUUGAGGCAAGCAGCAGAAAAGCUAGUCUUCAUUACGUUCAAGUUGGUCCAGAAACAGAGACUGCUAGGCUAUUUGCUUCUCGCAUCGAGAAACCCCCACCGUUGAUGCAGAUCCUUCAUGAACCUUUGUCAUGCUUGCUUCAUCUAGCUCGUGUCAAACGCUUGUCUACCUCUAUUCUCAUAGGGCAAAGAAGUAGUAGCAUAUCUCAUAAAGCUCUAGAUGAAGAGCUUCAGGUGAUCCAUGAAACAGGGGAGCUUGUGGCUAGUUGGACCGGGCUGUCUUUCUCUAGAGACAAAAUCAAGUGGAACGCAUCAAAGACAUCAAAAGAAGAAGAAAGUCCUUGGCGAGCUCUUUACGGUUGAUCUUCUCGGGUGAGGUCUUUUCAUGUCCCAAGAGGGCUACGGUCUUGUCUUGGACCUGCUCUUUAAGUUUACUUAUCGUAGCUUUUGUUAAGACUAUUAUGCUCAGCUGAAGCAGAACGUAUGUCACUAAGCUGCUUUCCUUUUAGGAUUUUUAUGAGAAACGGGCGGUUUUAAUUUUUGCA